AUGGAUAAAGUUUUGGAAAGACAUCACGAUGUGUGGUGUGUCAUUGGCUAUUUAGUCAAUAAAUACCAAACAAUCAGAAGUGAUUUAUCAAAUGAAACAAAACUUGUUGAUUUUGGUGCUCUUUUUGAUAUUCAAUAA